GGUUAAUAAUACAUUGCGUCAAUAAUACCAUGAUUUUUGUGACACUGUACACAUAAUAAUUACUGUGAAGGCUAAGUUUAAGGUUAUAGAAGGUGUAGACGUUAAUAAAACGCAGUUUAAUGGAGUAAUUAAUAAGUAAAAUAAAAUAAUUUAAGUUGUAGCUGUAAACACUUCUAGCAACAACCCAAAAAUACUGUUGAAGUCUGUUUUUUUUUCAACGUUGUUCAGUAUAUCUUCAUGUUCAACAGAUAAAGGUUUGGAGGUUGAGUAAAUAAUGACAUAAUUAAAAUAUUUGGGUUGAAAUAAUCCCUUAAUUAUAUUAAAAACUACCUCAACUUUAUUCAGAAUAUAACAGCGAUCUAGAAAAUUCAUCUACCUCAGUCUUGGCCCCGCCCCUUCAACCGUUGUAGCGUUUGAUUGACAGCCAGGGCCCUCCCUCUUCUCCUAUUUGAAAGCGUUAAGAAGCUUCGAGAGGUUUCUGGAGCUCCGGCGGCUUCUCGAACAAUCUCUGCCCGUGUAUAUAAGCUCGCUGGCGGAUACAAGAGCGGCUGGAUCCCCGCUGACGGUGGAGGACAGGAAAUACAGCGAAUUAUUCAAUAAACAAACUCUCUGGGUAAACCACUCGAGAUGCCUGAGGCUCACGAGCAGCAGAUGAUGGAGGAGGAGGUGGAGACGUUUGCGUUUCAGGCUGAGAUCGCUCAGCUCAUGUCUCUGAUCAUCAACACCUUCUACUCCAACAAGGAGAUCUUCCUCCGAGAGCUCAUCUCCAACUCCUCUGAUGCUUUGGACAAAAUCCGCUAUGAAAGUCUCACAGACCCAAGCAAGCUGGACUCAGGAAAAGACCUUAAAAUCGAAAUCAUUCCCAACAAAGAAGAGCGCACGCUGACCAUCAUCGACACCGGCAUCGGCAUGACCAAAGCUGACCUGAUCAACAAUCUGGGCACCAUCGCCAAAUCCGGCACAAAGGCCUUCAUGGAGGCUCUGCAGGCCGGAGCGGACAUUUCUAUGAUCGGUCAGUUCGGUGUGGGCUUUUAUUCUGCUUAUCUGGUGGCUGAGAAAGUGACAGUCAUCACCAAACACCUCGAUGAUGAGCAGUACGCCUGGGAAUCGUCUGCGGGCGGAUCGUUCACUGUCAAAGUGGACAACUCUGAGCCGGUCUGCCGUGGCACAAAAGUGAUUCUUCAUCUGAAGGAGGAUCAGAUUGAGUACAUCGAAGAGCGGCGGAUCAAAGAGAUCGUCAAGAAACACUCGCAGUUCAUUGGAUACCCCAUCACACUCUUCGUGGAAAAGGAGCGUGAUAAGGAGGUAAGCGAUGAUGAGGCGGAAGAGGAGAAAGAGAAGGAGAAAGAAGAAGAAGAAGAAGAGGGCGAGAAAGACGAAGACAAGCCUGAGAUUGAAGAUGUAGGCUCAGAUGAGGAAGACCACGAUCAUGACGAUAAGUGCUGCGACAAGAAGAAGAAAAAGAAGAAGAUCAAGGAGAAAUACAUCGAUCAGGAGGAGCUGAACAAAACCAAACCUCUGUGGACCCGCAACCCUGAUGACAUCACCAAUGAAGAGUACGGAGAGUUUUACAAGAGCCUGACCAACGACUGGGAGGAUCAUCUGGCUGUUAAGCACUUUUCAGUGGAAGGUCAGCUGGAGUUUCGCGCGCUGCUUUUUGUUCCUCGUCGAGCUCCUUUCGAUCUGUUUGAGAACAAGAAGAAGAAGAAUAACAUCAAGCUGUACGUGCGCAGGGUGUUCAUCAUGGACAACUGUGACGAGCUCAUCCCAGAAUAUCUCAACUUUAUUAAGGGUGUGGUGGACUCUGAGGAUCUGCCAUUGAACAUCUCCAGAGAAAUGCUUCAACAGAGCAAAAUCCUGAAGGUGAUCCGCAAAAACCUGGUCAAGAAGUGUCUGGAGCUCUUCACUGAACUCGCAGAGGAUAAAGACAACUAUAAGAAAUACUACGAGCAGUUCUCCAAAAACAUUAAGCUGGGCAUCCAUGAAGACUCACAGAACAGAAAGAAACUGUCAGAGCUGCUGCGCUACUACACAUCAGCUUCAGGAGACGAGAUGGUGUCGCUUAAAGAUUACGUCACACGCAUGAAGGACACGCAGAAGCACAUCUACUACAUCACCGGUGAGACCAAAGAUCAGGUGGCGAACUCAGCAUUUGUAGAGCGUCUCCGUAAGGCUGGUCUGGAGGUAAUCUACAUGAUCGAGCCCAUCGAUGAAUACUGUGUUCAGCAGCUGAAGGAGUUCGAGGGCAAGAAUCUGGUGUCGGUCACUAAAGAAGGCCUGGAGCUGCCCGAGGAUGAUGAGGAGAAGAAGAAGCAGGACGAGAAGAAGAGCAAGUUUGAAAGCCUCUGCAAGAUCAUGAAGGACAUCCUGGAAAAGAAAGUGGAGAAGGUCACCGUCUCCAACCGUCUGGUCUCCUCCCCCUGCUGUAUCGUCACCAGCACAUACGGCUGGACGGCAAACAUGGAGAGGAUCAUGAAGGCUCAGGCCCUCAGGGAUAACUCUACUAUGGGUUAUAUGGCUGCUAAAAAACACCUGGAGAUCAACCCAGACCACCCCAUCGUGGAGACCCUCCGGCAGAAAGCAGAAGCCGACAAAAACGACAAAUCAGUGAAGGAUCUGGUGAUCCUGCUGUUCGAGACGGCACUUUUAUCCUCAGGCUUUACACUGGACGACCCACAGACUCACUCCAACCGCAUCUACAGGAUGAUCAAACUGGGCUUGGGCAUUGAUGAGGACGACCUGUCGACAGAAGAGCCCAGUUCUGCCCCGAUGGAGGACAUGCCACCGCUGGAAGGAGACGACGACACGUCCCGCAUGGAGGAGGUGGACUGAGGAACACAUCCAGCGUUUCUUAUUCUGUAAAAUAAUCUCUUUACCUUCACAUUACUGAUGGUUCUCCUGCUCCAGUUCAUCGGUAAAACCAUGCAACCGUCAAACUUCCCUUUUUUUUGUAUUUCUUUGAGUUGUGUAUGCAUUGUUUUGUAUUUAUUAACAUUCCUAUGUUGAUUUGUGAGUGUUUAAGGGACUCGAGAUGUAAAUGAUGACACUGAUACUGUACUACUGACAUGACGGACGCUGAAAUAAAGCCUUUAGCAUAUCAGA